GGCAAUAUUACUGCUGAAACUGAAGCAUCAGAAAAUGAAGUCUUUUUAGCAAAUACAGAAUCACCAGAUUGUUGGGACGAUAAACAAGUGAAGUAUUUUACAGAAGAAUAUCCAUGGAUUUUUUUCAAUAAUAAAAAAAUUGGUUGCAAAAUAUGUUCUAAGGCCAAUUUUAAUUUAACAAAACACCAAGGCACUCAUGGUUCACAAGAAUGGAUGAAUGGAGAAAUAUGUCCAGUUGGAGAUGAUAUUAAGAAACAGCAAACAAAUUUAAGAAAAAAAAUUUCAAAACAUAAAUCUUCUCAAAGCCAUUUACACACUGAACGUAUAAUUGAAAAACAAAAGUUGGAAAUUAUGCCAACUCAAGUAUUAAAAACUUCAUACAUUGACAUUGAAAAUACAAAAAGAAUAUUCAGGACAGCAUAUACCAUAGCAAAGAAUCAAAGGCCUUACACAGACAUGCCAAAUUUAGUGGAUCUUCAAAUAAUUAAUGGCUUGGAUAUGGGGAGAAUUCUUCAAACAAAUAAAGCAUGUAGCAAUAUAAUUGAUCAUAUUACAUUUGAAAUGCGAAAGAAACUAUGUCUUGACCUUUUGCAUAACAAAAGAAAAAUAUGUAUCAUUGUUGACGAGUCUACAACGUUAAGCCAAAAGAGUAUGUUGGUUAUUUGUUUGAGAUCUGCUGUAUACAAUAACAAUGAUGUGAUUACAUACUUUUUUAAUAUUAUUGAAGUUCAAAGUACAUCUGCUAAUUUUAUAAAAACUGCUAUUUUAACUGAUCUUUAUGCACAUGGGUUAACGGACGAUUUUUUAAAAGAAAAUUUGAUAGCUUUCGUGAGCGACGGUGCUUCAAAUAUGUUGGGUAGAUUGUCCGGUGUUGGUGUUCAGCUACAAAGCAUAUAUCCUAACAUUUUAAUUUGGCAUUGCUGCAACCAUCGACUAGAAUUAGCAGUAUCUGAUACAUUAAAAGAAGUUCAAGGAACAAAUCAUUUCCAGUCAUUCAUAGAAAAAAUAUAUGCAUUGUAUCAUCAAUCACCCAAAAACAUGCAUGAACUUAGUGAGUGUGCUGCUUCAUUAGAAAUGAAACUCUUACAUAUUGGUAAAAUCUUCACAAUUAGAUGGGUUGCUUCUAGUGAAAAAACAUUAAAAGCAGUUUGGAAUAAUUAUGUGUCACUAUCUGAUCAUUUUUCUAAAGCAGCUAUUGAUAUAGAAAGAUACUCAAAAGAAAGAUCUAAAUAUGUGGGCCUAAAACGUAUACUAACAUCAGUAGAAUUUAUUAUGAAUCUAGGAAUCAUGUAUGAUGGGCUAUCUGAACUUGCAGACUUAUCGUUACAGUUGCAAGAGAGAAGUUUAUCACUUUCAGCUGCAAAUAGGGCUAUAGAACGUACCAUUAGAAUAUUUGAUUCAAUGGCUAAUAUAUGUGGACCAAAAACACAAGAAGCUAUGGAUGCAGGGACACAUUUUAUGUUCAAAAAU